GGGCCUUCAUGAAUGUCACUUUUUCGAUUUGUGGAGAAGUCGUGUGUCGACUAUCGCGUUAUGGCAUAGAAGAAAACAAUCAAGCAGCUUUUCUGAGACAUCGAUUUCGUUAAAUUAUUGAAAUUGUGACACAUACACCUUGUCAUGAUUUUCAAUCGCGGAGUGUUGGACACCAGAUACUGGCCAAAUACUGAGAGCCAUCAUUGAAGAAAUCUAAUCUAGUCGCUAUUGGAGAGUGGUAAUAAAUGGCGAAAAUCGUAGUGCUUUUGUGUGUUCUGUGAUAGUGGAUAUGGAUCGUCGGUGUUCUCAAUCGGUAAGGACACUGGUUUUCGACGAUUCGGACUCGGAUCCGCCGAAAACCGGGCAGAAAAAGGACCUUACUUCAUCUGGGGUCCCGUCGUCUUUGAAUCAGAGCGCUGAAGAUGCGAGCAGGGGGUCGCGGAGUAGCAAUCUCUUGCGUAUGCGCAGAUCGCAGCUCGGAAAGUCGGCACCGACGCUAUCCGUCCACGUGAAAGAGCCAUGCACAGCUUCGCGACGUCCCUCCCGGCUGCCGCCGCCGCCCCCACACCACAGACUUUCACUCGUGAUUGGGUCUGGCAGAUGCAGCUCCCCAGGCACCGGGCCCCUGUCCCCGGCGGAGGGCCCGCGGUGGCCCCACGUCCACCACCCGCACCCCUUGCAUCACGCCCUGCUGUCGUCCAGCGUGAAGCGGGGGAAGGAGCUUGAUGGCCGCAGGUGGUCCGUGGCGUCUCUCCCCUCCUCCGGGUAUGGAACUACUCCGGGCAGCUCGAGCUUAUCAUCGCAGUGCUCGUCCCAGGAGCGGUUGCUGGCUGUGCAGGCGCCAUGCGAGCCUCCGCCCCGGGCGCCCUGCCCCCACUGCCAACAACACCAGAACUCGUUGAAUAGUUCGCAAGGCAGCGGUAUGAACAACUGGGCGUCGCUGUCUGACAGCGGCGGCAGCGGGCACACCGCGGCGCGCGCGCCUUCCCCGCAGAGCCCCGCGCGGCGCGUGCGCAGCCGGAGUCUGAGCUCUCCGUCUCGCUCGCCGGGCGGGGCGGGCUCCAGCGGUACAGAAGGAUCCGGCAAAGAUGACGCGGUUACAGCGAUGUCGGCAUUAUUCGCCGCGAGAUUCCCCGCCGCGCAAAGGGCUAUGGACGACAAAUUAAGGGCACUUAUCGAAGAACUGACUGAAUUAGAUAAGAAGCCCGAUCGGCCGCCCAUAGAGAGAUUCGUGCAGAGACAGGUGUUGGAAAUGGCGAGGGAUUGUCUACACAAGUCAGAGUCUAAACAGGUCACCAGCAGCUACUUUUACGACAUGGCUGACAGCUUGGAUAGAUUACUAGCAGAGACGCGAGAGAAAUCCGCCGAAGCGGGUGCCAGAGUAGCACCCUUAGUGACUCGAUUAGUUUUAGCGAUGGCUCGACCGGCUCGACUGUUGGAAUGCUUAGAAUUCGAUCCGGAAAGGUUUUACAGACUUCUAGAAGCUGCUGAGGGACAAGCGAGACAAUUACAGGGUAUAACGACGGAUAUCCCGCAGUACAUAAUCCACAAGUUGGGUUUGUCGAGGGAUCCUUUGGCGGAACUACACGCGCCUCCACCGCCACCUCCGCCUCAAAAUACGUCGCCUUCCAAAAUGCGGGGUAGACAAUCUCCCCCAGGAGGUGCGGGUAGUGGAAACGCUCCUCCCUCUGAAAACGACUAUCAAGUCAUCAAGCUCAUCUCCAACGGGGCAUACGGGGCAGUCUAUCUCGUCAAACACAAGCAGACCAGGCAGAGGUAUGCGAUGAAGAAAAUCAGUAAAAACAACCUGAUACUGAGGAAUCAAGUGGAGCAAGCGUUCGCCGAAAGGGACAUAUUGAGCUUCGCCGACAACCCAUUUGUAGUGACGAUGUACUGCUCGUUCGAGACCAAGCGACAUUUAUGCCUCAUACUGGAGUUCGUUGAAGGCGGCGAUUGCGGCACUCUCCUUCGAGCCGGCCCAUUACCGGCCGACAUGGCAAGACAUUACUUCGCCGAAGCGGUGCUGGCCGUGGAAUAUCUGCAUUCCUACGGGAUCGUGCAUCGGGAUUUGAAGCCCGAUAAUUUACUCAUUACGGCGACAGGACACAUCAAACUAACGGACUUCGGGCUCAGCAAAAUGGGCUUAAUGUCACUGGCGACCAACUUGUACGAAGAAUACGCUGAUCGUGAAGCGAGGCAGUUUUCAGACAAGCAAGUGUGCGGAACCCCUGAAUACAUCGCGCCAGAAGUGAUAUUGAGACAAGGUUACGGCAAACCAGUAGACUGGUGGUCAAUGGGUAUAAUAUUGUACGAGUUUCUGGUCGGCUGCGUACCUUUCUUCGGGGAGACCCCGGAGGAACUCUUCGCUCACACAGUCAACGAUGACAUAGAGUGGCCAUCGGAAGAAGAUUUCCCUAUAGCGGUGGAGGGGCGAGCGAUAAUUACAGAGUUACUCGCGCGGAAUCCUCGUGAUAGACUCGGAACGGGGGGCACGCACCAAGUCAAGGAGCACAUAUACUUCUGCGGUCUGGACUGGAACAACCUGCUCCGUCGGAAAGCGGAGUUCAUACCACAAUUGGAGAACGACGAGGACACCAGCUAUUUUGACAGCCGGUGCGAUCGCUACAACCACAGCGAGGUAGAAACGGACGAAGCCGGCGAGCCCGCCGCCGACCCCGCCGACGAGGCCGGCCUGUUCGCGGCCUUCAGCUCCACCUCCCCCCAGUGGAGGAGGCAUUACCGGGACCACGACUCCAGGAGUACGGACAGUUGGCCGGGCACGCCGGAUAGCGCGGGCCCUCCGACCACACCUACUGCGCCCCUACAUCACCACCCCAAGUGUCCGAUGAUAGGCGGCAGUGCCUCCACGGCGGAGUCCUCCCAGACGGACUCGGACGACGUGUCCCCGGCCUGCAGGCGGCGCCCCCUGCGCCCCGCUGCAGCGCCCGCGCCCUCCCUGCUGCAGCCCGCUCUAACUGCGACCGUCACUGCGGCACCGCCGAGAAUGUGGGAGAUGUCGAAGAAAGAAGAGAGCAGAAGCAUGGACCGUCCAGAUCGGGCGGAAAAGGCGAAACCCUCAGCCCUCGUCGCCAGCAAGGCCAUGCGGCGAUCAGCCAGCACCUCUGGACUGUCUCUCGUCAUACACCCAGCGGAUGACAGCACAAUGAGUGGGGGAGCUGCGUCCCCGUGCGCGGGGAACACUUCCUCCACCAAUUCUUCAAGGGAUUCUUCCCCGUGCCGGGAUCCACCUUCGCCAUUUGCGCUGGCUAACCAUUCUUUGAUCCAGUCCUCUAAGCCGCCCAUAGUGGUUCGCCGCGGGCCGCGCGGGUUCGGCUUCACCAUCCACACGGUGCGCGUGUACUACGGCGACACCGACUACUACACAAUGCACCAUCUGGUCUCCGCUGUGAGCGAACAGGGUGCGGCGUGGGCAGCAGGUUUGCGAGCAGGAGAUCUCAUCACGCAACUCAACGGGGAAUCUGUUCAGGGGCUACUUCAUACUCAGGUCCUGAGGCUACUUUUGGCAGCGCCACAUGCGACAGUCAGAGCCACGCCGCUCGACCAAACCACUAUUCAGGCUGGCGGCAGACGUCGCACCGGGGGCGGCAGACGUGCAUCGGCUCCGCCCCGACCUCGGCCCAGAAGAAGAUGUUCCUUGUUCAGGAGGAUAUCCACCAAGAGAGCGUCGCAAGAGAUGCACCAGAUGGUAGCAAAUGUUACCGAUCCAGCUUCGCCCGGAGCUCCGCCAACGGAUAGCCCUCUGCAUUCAGCAACACACUACCAAAGACCUUCGUCCCUGCACGGGUUGAAGCACAAGCUGGUGGGCGGCGCGGGCGAGGUGCGUCGCGCGUCGCUGCAGCACAUGCCGCUGUCGCCGCUCGCGCGCACGCCCUCGCCGCAACCGCAGCCGCAGCCCGCUUCGCCUACCAGGCUCCACCCUCGUUCGGCCGAGUCCAAAUGCUCGAUCUCCCCCCUGUGCUGCGGGGGCGUGAACGUGUCAGUGGGCGUGGGUCCAGCGGUCGUGGGUGUGGUGGGAGGCGGGGGCGUGGGCGGGGCGCGGCGCGGGGUGGUGUGGAGGGCGCCCGCCCCCGCGCCGCCCACGCCGCCCCCGCCCGACAAGCAGGACGAGCCGCCCCUGCCCAGGAUAGCCGAGGAGAAGGACUCGCCCACGCAUCAUGCCAGGGCACUCACGGAGAGAACGCCGGCGAAGCAACAACAGCCUACGCCGAACAUCUUCACGUCAUCCCCCAAAACAAGUCUGGACAAGUCUGCGUUCGACGCUUCCACCUCGUUCGCGUCGCUGUCUCUCUCGGACGAGUCGUACGUCGACACGUCCGUGGACAUGUCCACGCUGGAUACGUCAAGGGAACUCAAUAUUGACGACAGUCGGACGAGUUCCGAUCUCAAAGCCCUCGUAGAAGAGAAAUCAAAGAGCUUACCACCGGAACCAAUUCCAUUCGCAGAAAAGAAAUCAAAGAGUGUACCACCGGAGCCCACAUUAUUCGCAGAAAAGAAAUCAAGGAGUGUACCACCGGAGCCCACUCUAUUCGCAGAAAAGAAAUCAAGGAGUGUACCACCGGAACCCAUUCCAUUCGCAGAAACUCCUAAAGUGAGGAAAAAGUCCGACUCCAGCGUCAAAGAAGAAGAAUCAAAAGUCAAAGAGAAGGCGAAACCGAAGGAAAAGCCCGAGCUGAAGAAACAGGACUCUGUCAAGAAGAUAGACAAGCCAGAACCGAGGGCAGAGGAGAAAGUCUUACAUGCAGAAGUGAAGGUGGAAGAAAAGAAACCAGAAAAACCAGACAAAGUAAUGGAAAGGACCGGUUCCGUAAGAAGGAGUGAAAAACAAGAGAGGGCCGACGCCAAGAAGCAAGAGAAACUGGAGAAGGCGGAGAAGAAGCAAGAACGAGCGGAAGCGAAGAGAACAGAGUCCGUCAAGAAGUUCGAAGGGCUGAGGAAGCAGGAGUCGGUCGAUACUAAUAAGUCACCGGAAGAAAGCGAGGCGCGCAGUAAGAACAGUAUGGUGAGCAAAUUGCUGGGCGUCAUGGGACGGAAGGGGAGGGACCGGGACGACGACGACCGGCCCCGGAAACAGGACAAGCCCAAGAAAAAGAACAGUAACCCGCCUCAGCAAUCCGCCAGUAAGCAGCCGGAGAUUCCCGAGAAAUGCGAGAAGCAGGAAGAAGACAAGAAAGCGAGAAAAGGACGGGGAAGAGCCUCGAGCUCCUCUUCCGGAGGUGAAAAGUAAGGGACAGAUAUAUUUCUCAGUUCCAUACUCAAAAUGAGUUUAGGAACUGAACGUUUUAUUUGAAGAUUCGAAAAGCGAAUAUUUCUAAUAAGAGUGAGGGAAUCAGUGCUAUGACACAAGUGAAAUAGCAGCAUUGACUUUUAAAUGUGAACACCAUUUUGAAUCAUAAGUCGACGACAUAAGAAUCACAUAUUUGUAUUGGUUAUAUAGUAUUGCUUUUAUUAAUUUUGGUAACUUUAUUUUUCCCGUUUUCUAAUGUUAUAUAUUAUUGUAUGUGUAUAAAAUUGAGCAUUUCGUCUUCGAAAAAAAGUAAUAAAUCUUUAUUAAUAAGUAAUUAUUAAUAACUUGGGCAAUACAAAUUAUUUGAUAAAAUUUAUUAAGAAAUAUUUGAAAGUGGAAUUGUCGUUAUAUCGAAAAAUGUGACAAAAAGUAAUUUGUAUUUAAAAACUAGUUAAUAAGGAGUAAAGAUAAAUAAAUUACGCGUGUUCAAUAAGUCGCAGUGAGAGAGCUGUAUACAAUCAUAGUGAGACGGAGUGAGUAAGAUAUAUUUUGUUCGAUGUGUAUUAUAAAAUUUAAUAAUAGAGUAGUAUGUAUGCAUUCCGUUUUGUGAACGGCGUAAACAGUAUAAUAUUGAAUUAGUAGUUCGAUAUUUAUUAAAACGAUUUAUAUAAAAACAUCCUUCUUUCUAGAGAAUACUCGACCUUAAAUUGCCGGAGUUAAAUUAAAUUUUGUUAUUAUUCAUUCGUAUUAAUGGUACAGACACCACAGGUCAAAUCUAAAGAAAAGUUUACUAGAAAAAAAUCAGCGUGGACCAGGCAGCCGACGGAACUCGAACCCGUACCCUUCGCUUAUCCGGGCAAAUGCACUGACCAUUAUGCCACCGCGGCCCUGAUGGCCGUGUCGAAUUUUCUCUAGUGUUUCUUACUGCAAGGCAGCGCCAUCUCUUCGCAUUGUAGUAAACUUUUCUUAAGAUUUAAACAUCCAGCAAAUAAAUGCUUACCAAAUAAAAAUAUAACCACAGGUCAAGUUUCCUUAAAUUAUGAAAUUUCUCUUAUUUAUUAGACUUAGAGCUUUAUAUUUAUGUUGUAAAGAUUCAUAAUGUAUUGAUAAAAUAUGUCAGUUUUUGCUAAAUUGAUUUGUGGCUCUCUGCACUUACAAUUUUUGUGUUUGCUCAGAUGCAAUAUUGCUGUUUACGCUCAUUCGCAAAUGGGAUGGUAAGUUGUUUAGGUAAAAUAAGGCUGUUUACACAAUCUUAUGUAAUUUAUCAAUUGGUGUUCGGUGUUGUCGAGUAACUUAAUAGUAUCUUGUGCGCUUGCGCAGUGUCUAAGAGCAAAAAAAAAUAACAUCAUCAACAGUGUACUACUUAUCCAUGUAAUUCCUAUGGCACUGCGUAUGCAAAUUAUAAUGUGAAAAUUAAAACAAAAUAUCGCUAUAAGCUUCCUUUAGACUGUGUAUAGCUUUAGAGAUUCGUUAGUAAGGUACAAGAUAAUAUUGUUUUGCCUCUUAAAUUUUAUUUGAAAUUAGCUUUUCAGUAUUAUAAAACAUUGAGGCGAUUGAAGUAUUUCUGUUAGUCAAUUUGAUAAUUGAGAUAUAGAGCUAUGUUUUUUUUUGUGAACGCUCUGUAGUGUUACGCGGACGAUUUGAGAGAUGAGCGUAUUUAAAUUUCGUUUUAAGUAAAUCGGAGUCUUAUAUUUUAUGCACGAAAUUAGUAUUUUUGAUAUUGUUUACGUUGUUUGAAUUUACUCAAUCGAUGGUAUUAGUAUCACAUGUUACAACUUGAGUUGUGAAAAUAAUACUUACUUAAGUAGAUUGAAUUGUGAUUCUAGAAAAAAAUCAUUUGAUUGAUAUUGGAAUUAUGUGUUAUACUUUAAACUUUUUCGUAAUCUUAAUUCUAAAACAAAGGAAAUCACUUUAAACUAUCCCUUUGCCUACCAUAUAAAUGGAAUAAAAUAAAAAAAAAAAACUAUCAAAGAAAUUGUUUUAGAUUCCUUUAUUCACGCAUAUAGUACAAUCUCUCGAAUCGUCCGCGUACUACUAUAAUACUAGCUGUUACAUUUUAAGGAAUUGUUGAGUACAUGUAUUUUUUAAGUGAGUCGUAUGUAUGAUUUUUCCAUUAAUCUCAUUUUACUAUAAGCCUUUCGGAGUUAGUAUUUUUUUUUGUGUAUAGUGGAAAAAAAUAAGAGAAUCCGUAGCCGUUAGGGUCGUAUUGUGAUAUAUUUUUAACGCUUUGUAGUUUAAGUACCUAUAUGUUUUUUAUAUACCUACCUACGUAAACACCUAGCUUUUUAUAUGUACUACGCGUUUGCGUCGAGUUGGCCGUUCCCACCACUAAACUCGGAAGAGGUUAGAAGGAUGAUCCGGCGACAUCGGUUCUCUACACUUCCACCUAAUAGAUAAUAGCCAAUCAAACGACGCGACAUCAAACAAUCGAGCCAAUCAGUGCUCUCACCUGAGAGCAAUGACGAAUCACAACCAAGUUUUGGUCAACUUAUGAACAUUUGGACAACUGGCGUGCCUGUCAUAGAGGUAUAAGAUUAGAGUAGGGGAGAUAUAGACUCUACUACAAGUGGAAGUGUCCCUCUAAUAGAAAGAGAUAGAAGAUGAAGGACCGCUAGCUUUCUCUCUAAUCGCGCAUGCGCAUUUUCAACCGCAAGCAUCUUACUAUUUCGAUGUGAUGCUUGGACCAACUCUGGACAGACGACUGCGCAUGCGUCACAAGAGAGAGAGAUAGCAAGCAGUCUCUCAUCUUCUUUCCCUUUCUAUUAGACGGACACUUUUAGAGCCGCUUUUCCCACUCUAUUCUUAUACCUCUAUGGUGCUUGUCCCACCCACAUGGCCCUUUUAACCUCUUUCUAUGUUCUGCGACUCCCAUCCUACCCGCCUCACGACCCUAUUGGUCGGCGAUGCCAUACGAAGUUCCUGUGAUUGGCCUGUGACACAUUUCGUAACGGUCAUCGACGGCCAACUCGAGGUAAACGUUUAGUAGUUUCACUGUUCUAGUUUUUCCGUUUCUUUUGUUUUUCUUGUUAUUAUUUACGGUAAAAUUUGACUAAGUACUUUGAAUCGAAUGGUUGAUGAAGUGUUUUCUUUUUAAAUAGUUUUUCGUGCUUUGAAUUUUUACGAAUAUUUUGUUUAACUGUUUGCUUGUAUAGAACUUUUUGUCUGUGAAUCUAUUUGUACCUUAUCAGAUAUCUUUCUCCUAUCCUUCGACAACUUUAGCAUGUACCGAUUCUUAUAACAUUUUUAAUAACAUAAAACUGUCGUUUAGCUAUGAAACCAAUAUAAAAACACAGUCCCAUGAAAUUUCCAUAUUUUGUAGCAGUUACAGAUUUGGAAAAAUGAUUGGUAUAUAAAUAUAUAUAUAUAUGUAUUUUUUGAAAUCAAUUUAAAACUGAUCCGAUGUUUGUGUUUAUCGCCACACUGACUCUUUCAAAUGCACUUGAAUAAUUUUAUUUCUAUCUUGCUCUUGAGAAUUAUUUGUUAACCAGUCGGUUGGAAAAGGCAUUUUUUUGACGAACCGUGCCAUAAAACGAGCCUCCAAGUACCAUCUGGCCAUAUAGAGGACACUUGAAGAAUUCGAGAAUACUUUAUUUGUAAACGAAUACAGUCCAUAAUUUGAAAAAAGUAAUUCAUCUGUUAUUCGUUAGCAGUUUGACCUUAUUAUAACUAACUAACAUUAUGAAAUAUCUGAUUUUUUGUAACGAACGAAAACAAAGUGUCGAACUCGAUUUUCGUAAUAAAUAAGUACCUAUUUUAAAAUAUUAUUUUUUAAGGAGGCUCUUGAAUUGUCUUCCCGAGGAAAGUUGACUUAAAUUUUAUUAUUUAUUUACAAAGAAAUUUACUUAAUUUUCUCUCGGUACAGUGUGAAUAUUGUUUUCUUAGUUUGGAAGCUAAAUCAGUCUGAUAGAGUCAGUUACAUUUGGAUGCUGCGGGCAAUUGGAUGAUGGGAAUUGAACUAUUAUAAAAAGAAUAAGACUUGAGCUGUUUACUUUCGGCUUUUAAAAAGAAAUGAAUAAUCUAUCUAUCUUCACGAUGAGUCUCGGGUGGGGAGGGCAGAGACUAGAUUAGACUAGAGCGCCAUAAGGCACGCUUCGUAUACAUCUUACGAUUCAAUCACGUCCAUUAAUUACUGAUUUCAUACACGCCUUCCGUAUUAGACGUUUACCCGAAUUCCAUUGGCACUCAUAUUCGGGCUACUGAGCAAGUGUAAUCGCACCAUUACUCCCUCAUAACGACCGCGGUUUGCUCGUGUCACUCCGCAUAUUUUACUUAACGCUCGCAGAUGCGAUUUCGACUGCGUUUAUUUUACUUUCAUGCUCUUUCUGACGUUCCAAAAUCUCGAUUUCAUACAUAAGCUUUGGGACCGGCACGUAUAUAGCGAUCAGUACAGUUAGCAGUAACUAAUGUUUAAUUCAAAUAGUUUGCGAGUGGGAAAUUUUUUUCGUGUUAAUGUCAAAUUUUUAAAGGAAACUUUACAGUAGCGCCACAACGGACGUAACGAGAACUAGAAAUCAGUACGCAGGGCCGUCUUUAACCUAUUGGAGGCCCUGGGCAUAUUAGGAUAAUAUGGCCCCUAUAACUUUAAUGUGGAUUAUGACUUGAAAUGGAGCGAGUUAAAUAAAAGCUAGUAAGUUUGUAUUGUAGUCAGUAAUUUAGUUUAUUUCAUCCAAAUUAUAUAAGAUUUUGGUAAUAAAUAUUGGUAUCGUUUGGUGAUCUGACAGGAACUAGGGACUUUGUAUUUGAUCUGAGGGGGCCCCUAUCGAUCGCGGGGCCCUGGGCACUUGCCCAAAGUGCCCACUGGGAAAGACGAGUCUGUCAGUGCACAUGACGUAUAUCUAGAUCGAUUCUGUACUGCUCCUUUUGGAUUAGAUUUUUACUUUCAAGAGGUUUUCGCAAUACUCUAUUCAAUCUGUUGCCUGCACCUACUUUUCUUUCUAUGUCAACGGCGUACCUUCAAUCCCUGCUCACAGCACAUCCAAGAUAUACGAUCUCAUUAGCUCAUUCACCUCCAUUCACAGUAUCACAAAAUUCACACAAGCACCGAGAUGAUUUUAACACAUUUUAGCUUGAAAUCAUUCCACAGAAAAUUAGGAUGUUUAUUUUAGCAUAACAAAAAGUAACCCUCUGAUUUAAGCAACUUUUCAAGAUGUUAUACACUGUUGAAAUAAUUUAUUUUACUGCAUGUAAAAUUACAAAUUUCAAAGAUUAGGACACUUGUCUAUUCUUGUAAGUAUGCAAGAAUGAAUAAGUGUCUUAUUUCCUUGUAACGAUUAUAAUAUUAUGUUAUUAAUAAAUAAAUGAUAGAAAUAAUUAAAUAAAAUCUAAAACGACUAAAAUAUGUAUGUAUUACACUUACACAAAUUAUAAUUAUGUAUAAAUUUUGUAAUUGAUGUUCUAGAUAAAGAAUUUUUUUCUGGUCUGAUCUUAUCUAAACUUAGUUACAUUAUAAAGUUCGUUCGACUGUAUUUUUUAAUAAAAGUUAAUAAGAAACCUUUGCAUUAAUGCAAUACUCAUUAUAAAUUAAGAAUUAUAAAUUUAGUAGAUAUUUUAUUUACGCAUGGGUACUACAGGGUAAAAGAAAUCGUUACCCUACAAUGAGAGUAAUUCUUAUUUUAUGCGAUCGCAAAUGGGCACUUUUUGAACUUCACACACGUCACAAGUAAAUUGUUUUGGGACCAUCGCUGAAUUGUUUAUAUUGUUUUGAUAAAUGAUAAUAUAUUUACUUAGCUUGGCAAUUUGCGUGAUAUUCUUCCGAAGCUGAGAGCUUAACAUGGGCGCUUAAUGAGUAAGUGAGAGAGAGGACUAUAGGCAUCUCGCUUUACUCCCUCCAUUAAGAGUUCAUGAUAGAUCUGCGCUAUUUUUUGCUUAAAUGUGAGAAUUCACAAGUGAUGUAAUUUUAAAUAUCUAAUGUAUGUCUUAAUGAGCCUUACUGUAUCAUUAAAAUACAUCUUGUCUGAAAUUCACCUGUUUAAUUAGUAGCCUGCCAUAGGAGAAUGCAGAUGUGUAAUAUUUUUUAGCGUCUAAAAUGUUGAAUGUGAUUGUUGAAUAUAGCCCUGUCUGUCUGUAGCGAUGAUCGAGGGAAUUAUUUUCUCUAGUUUGUAAUAUUACGUGUAUGAAUUGAUAUGGAUAUGGAAAUAAAGUCAUGAAUUAACCGUUCUUAAUUUUUUUGUUUUCAUUUUAAAAUAACUUUUGACGAUUCAAUGCAAUGGAAAAUUUUGGAAAUUCCUACACGAACAAAGAAAUUUAGUAACU